AUGGCAGAGGAAAAAGGCACUCGCAACCAUGCCGACUCCGACUCCGACCGUUUAGAUGCCCUCAACCGAUUCCGCUCCGCAGCGAGCAUCAGCAUGACGCCGGAGCUAUUCGAGAAGCUGUAUCUGGCGCCGCAGAGCAAAGUCAAGGGACAGCUGAGAGAUACGUUUGGAAACCCGACGCCGAUUGCUCUUGUCGGUUUCCUCAUGGCUUUGACGCCAUUGUCAUGUGCUCUCAUGGGUUGGCGCGGCGCAGGCGGUGACGGCGCAGCGACAAUCUACCUAGGUGAAACAGAGAUUGCUAACGAUGAAUUCUUUGCUGCUAGCCCGGUGUACUUCUUUCAGGGCGGAAUCCUCAUGACCCUCGGUGGCCUACUCGAAUGGAUCCUUGGCAAUAGCUUUCCCGCAGUGGUGUUUUGCACAUUUGGUACAUUCUGGCUCUCGUAUGGAGGCGUGUUGAAUCCGUCUUUUGCGGCGUUUUCUUCAUUCGCGAGCGAGAACGAAGCUGGUGCAGAAGGUCUUAAAACAACAGGCUUCAAUGCCGGUCUUGGGUUUUGGUUUCUCUUCAUGGGACUACUCUGUAUUAUAUUCCUCAUCUGCUCGCUACGCACCAACGUUGCCUUCUUCGUCAUCUUUCUCAGCCUGGCUAUUGCUUUUGGACUUUUGACAGGUGCUUUUUGGGCGCAGGCGGAAGAUUUUGCGGGAAACUCUGACUAUGCUCACAAAUUGCUCGUGGGCGCUGGCGCUUCGGCUUUUGUGACGUGUUUGGCUGGGUGGUAUAUCCUUUUAGCCAUUUCGUUGGCCAUUGUCGAUUUUCCAAUUCAGAUUCCUGUAGGAGACUUGAGCAAUGUGGUCAAGGGAAGGUCUAUCAGAGAAAGGUAG